GAAGCUAAUGUUGCACAAAUUACAACAUGUUUUAAUGAAUUGCUAGCGGCUUUAGGGUUGUUUGACAUGUUUGGCUCAUUUGGUUGGUGCGGGGUGGAGUAAGCGACAGCGCUGCGGAUACUUUAUUCCCGCCUCGUCGCUGUCUACCCGGCAACAUAGUUAGUUAGAGACGAGAGGAGCAGCUCAUUGUUAGCCUUGCUGUCUGUUAGCCAUGCUCUCGCACUCUGCUUUCACUUGUCUUCUGGGUUGUCUGGGCUGGCUUGUCAAACAUUUACCCACAGUAUUACCGUGUUCGUGUUUGUUUCUUUGUGCUUCAGCGGUUGUUUGAACGUUAACUUUUUUUUGUUUAAAUGUCGUGUCCGGUGGAAGAGCAGAACGUGAAGCUCGUUUAGUUUGAAGGCACAGAAACGGCUGUUAGCAAGGAAGCCGGCUAACUUUGAGGAAACGACUCAACGCUCGCUGACUUGUUUUAUUUCAGUGUUGACGUUGACUUGUGCGUUAACCCCCGUCGACUCAGAAAGGAGCUUGUUUGCUAACACUUUACACUAGUCGAGAGACGAAGCUUGAAUUUCUUUUUGGUUUGUGCUUUCGUUUUUGACUCGCCACCAUGGCUUCUUCCUCUGGAAACGACGACGACCUCACCAUCCCUAGAGCAGCUAUCAACAAAAUGAUUAAAGAAACUCUCCCUAACGUACGAGUGGCCAACGACGCCCGGGAGCUGGUGGUGAACUGCUGCACAGAGUUCAUACACCUCAUAUCCUCCGAGGCUAACGAAAUAUGCAACAAGUCCGACAAGAAGACCAUAUCUCCCGAGCAUGUUAUCAACGCUCUUGAGAGUCUUGGUUUCGCAUCAUACAUCACUGAGGUGAAAGAUGUCCUGCAGGAGUGUAAAACUGUGGCUCUGAAGAGGAGGAAGGCCAGCUCUCGACUGGAGAACCUAGGCAUCCCAGAGGAAGAGCUCCUCAGACAACAGCAGGAAUUGUUUGCCAAGGCGCGGCAGCAGCAGGCAGAGCUCGCCCAGCAGGAGUGGUUGCAGAUGCAGCAGGCCGCCCAGCAGGCACAGAUGGCAGCGGCAUCUGCCAGCGCUGCGCAGCAGGCCGGUUCCUCUCAGGACGAAGACGAGGAGGACGACAUGUGAUCCCCAGGACGGCGUUCAAACUUGUCCGAAAAUCCCUUCCAGGGACAGCGUGGGCACACAAAUCUCCCAGUACUGUCAUCGGCAGAGACAUGAGACUCGUGUGACCGCUGGUUAUUACAUCAGUGAAAACAUGGGGAAAAUGCACAUUGGAAUGGACAGUGAAGAGAAAGCUGAAAAGGAGGAUUUUUCAAGAUAGCCUCAGACACCAGUACCUGAAAAAUGCUUCAGAUCAAGAGGCUGUUGAAGUUUUCUGAUUAAUCUCAUUCCCCGCCCCCCUUCCCCCCUUUAUUUUUUUCUCCCAGUUGCUUCUGUUUAAUUAUGUCUCAAUAUUCUGUUGUGAGUAAUUUUGUAGAUUUCUGGACGUGCUAUGGACACACUGAAGGCAAACGUCGCCUGAGAUAUGUCAGUGAUAUAUAUUUUUUUGGUGAUAAAAGCAGCAAGUGUUCACUUCUUCUGGUACUGCCCCAGAUUAGCUUCCUUUGUUAUCCGUUGUUCUAGAUCACUUUUAGUGGUUUAGGAGAACUGCUCUAGAUUGAUUUCAGAGCAGCUUUUUCCUCCUUUCUUGUCAUUUUUACAGAAAGGGUUUUCUUUUACCCCCCCUCCCCACAUUUCUCAGUAUAUUUGUGCAACAGAGGAGGAUGUGAAUAUUGGAAUUUUUGUUAAGUAGAGAAAUAAACUGACAUUUUUGUUUCAUUUUAGCUCACUCAGAUACUUUUUUUUUUCUUACCUUAAACCACCCACAGUAUUGGUAAUUAGCUACACCUUUCAGAAUAAGAAUAUUUUUGUCUCAUAGAACCAAAGAUAGAGGACAGACUAACAGUCCACAGUAAGUGUUUUUUAAAAGGUGUAGGUGCUACUGUGGUUCUCGUUGCUGACUCCCAAGUCAGUGUUAAAGAUUAUUAACCUAUCUACGACUUUGUAAGAUGCUUUGAUAUCCAGGCUGAAUUUGUUAUUCCCCCUCCGCCCCCUCUCCCUCCCCCUCUCUCCUUGGGUGCAGUAUCAAAAAACAUUUGCAUUGUGACUGUGGUAAAAUCCUCAGUGUAAAAGACAAGUAACCUAGAUGUGAUACACAUUCACUCGCCUAUACUACAAAGUUGUAUUCUUUAAGCAAUAAAGGAAUCAUGUUUUAUA